ACAAAUUUGGACGCACCAACCAAUGCAAAGACUAAGAGUAAGGAAAAUAUAUACUCAAUAGAAGAAAAUGUUUUGAGAGGCUGAGGAGCGCAUGCAGAUGCAGGAUAAUGGCUGGCUGGGUUUGACUCUCACAGGAAAUUAAGAGCAAAAAGAUAUUGUAUUUAGAACAUGGGUCUUUUGGAGCUCUUCGUUGCUGCAUCAAUUCCGGUCUUGAAAGUGCUUUUGAUCACUGGACUCGGCACAUAUCUUGCUCUAGACAGUGUCAGUAUAUUGGGAGAUGAAGCCAGAAAACAUGUUAAUAAUCUUGUGUUUUACAUAUAUAAUCCAGCAUUGGUGGCCAGCAACCUUGCCAAAACCAUUACAUAUGACAGUAUGAUCAAGUUGUGGUUCAUGCCCUUCAAUAUCCUUAUUACGUUUAUCAUAGGCUCCAUACUUGGAUGGAUAGUGAUACUGUUCACCCAACCCCCCCUACACCUGCAAGGUCUCAUAUUGGGUUGCUGUGCUGCAGGAAAUUUGGGGAACAUGCUUUUUAUAAUAAUCCCAGCAGUUUGUAAAGAGAAAGGAAGUCCAUUUGGAUCUCCUGAUGAAUGUCAUUCUGAUGGAAUGGCCUAUUCUUCACUUUCAAUGGCGAUCGGAGCCAUUUAUAUAUGGUCAUACGUCUACAACAUUGUACGGAUGUCUUCCACUAGGAGCAUUGAAGAAUCUACGACAAAUGACUCCUCCAAUGGCAAGUCUUUCAGGGGAACCUCAACAUCAGAACUGGAGAGUUGUAUGGAGCCACUACUUCCUUCUGAACAUGUAAAUCAGUACAUACUGCCCUGCACUAGAUCAGAUGGAAAAGCUGAGGUCUCAGUUUCAAACAAAAUAAAGCAGCAACUGAGGAUGGUUUUCAGAGACAUCAACUGGAAGUUACUGUUUGCUCCUUCGACCAUCGGAGCGAUUGUCGGAUUUUUAGUUGGACUCAUCCCUCAGAUCCGUAAACUGAUGAUUGGUGAUGCCGCUCCUUUGCGUGUCAUUCAAAACUCGGCUUCCUUUUUGGGAGAUGGAGCCAUUGCAACAACCACCCUGAUAGUGGGAGGAAACCUUCUUAAAGGUCUAAAAGGGCCAGGAAUCCAGAAGUCUCUUAUAAUCGGUGUUGUAGCUGCUCGUUACAUUGCUUUGCCUCUCGCUGGAAUCUUAGUUGUUAAAGGGGCACUUCAUUUUGGUUUGUUGCAGGCUGAUCCUUUGUAUCAAUUUAUUCUUCUGCUUCAAUUUGCGCUUCCACCUGCCAUGAAUAUAGGUACCAUGACACAGUUGUUUGGAGCAGGAGAGAGUGAAUGUUCGGUUAUUAUGCUGUGGACUUAUGCCUUGUCUUCAAUCUCCUUAACUCUUUGGUCAACCAUCUUCAUGUGGCUGGUGGCUAAAACUAGUUAACAGUAUCAUAUGCAGCAAAU